UUAAGAAAAAAAAAAAGUUACACCCGCUCUUAAUCUCACGUACGAUGAGCUUGGACAGAAAGAAUCGGCCCUGAGCCUGAGGCGAGAUGUAUACUUUGGGUUUCUGAAGCUCAACGGCGAGGAAAAUGAAAUGACCCUCAUAGGCAUAGAUGACUCUCUCUUCAUAGCAGCCAACAACUACGCGUCGUCCCUGAUUGAUCUAGAGCGCCCCGAAGAAGCCAAGUCGGUGUUGCGCAAGGCGAUGCCCGUGGCGCGGCGCGCUCUCGGCGAGGAUGAUAUAACCUUGCUUAGGAUGAGGAUGAAUUACGCGAAGUCGCUCUACACGGACGCCGACGCCACGGUCGACGAUCUAGCGGAGGCAGUGAAGAUGCUCUUGCAAACAGCACGGACCGCGCGGCGCGUGCUUGGUGGCGCGCAUCCACUCACAGGGAACAUUGACGGUUACUUAGGACAAUUGCACGAAAUCCUCGGCGCCCGCAAAGAAACGCAGCCGGCAGAGAACUUGGCAGAGGAAGUCGACUAGAUUCAUAACAACAGCAUGGUCUGUCUCAUUUGCUUGCUAGCUCUUACAGGCGCGGACGGGAUCUGAAGCUAGCGCCUGUAACACACUAGAAGCCCCAGCUUUGUGCACAGCCGUAGCAGCACUCGAGCAUAUCACUGCAGGGCUCAGCUAGUUGGCCAAAAACAGGCUGCCGCGUAGCCGCACUCAUCGGAUCUGAUCUCAAUUUGGCGAGCCAAAGGCUUAAAAUUGCGCCAGCCCAAAAACUGUAGACACUGUUACAAUGCGCCGCUGGGAGUCCAACCAAACGAAAAAGAAAGAGGCCAUGGUCGCCCGCGCGCGCGCCCGCGACGCGAAGCGCCACGAGAGACGAGAACAGACCGCCGUCGACCGGAGCCGCAAACUCGCGGCGUCUCUGUCCGAAUCGAACGCGACGAACGACGCCUUGCGGAGCAUGGUCCGCGAGAUUACGCAGAAGCACGUCGCGGCGCUCGCGGCCUUGGGUGUAGCCGAGGAGAAGGCGGAGACGGCGCUGCUGUCGGCACAAAAAUUAAAGCCGGCGCGCGCCUUCUCCGAGGACGAGGAGCCGGAGCCGGAACCGGAAUCACCGGAGCCGACGACGCCGCAGCUGCGCUUCGCGAAGGCUCGGUCGGACGCGCGCGACGACCUGCACGCCGCGCGCGUCGCGGCCGAGGCCGCGCGCGCGACGCGGAACGCCGAUCGCGAGGCCCUCGCCGCGGCGCGCAAGAAGCUCUGGGCCCUUGUCGGCGUGUUAGCGGAUGCGGACGCGGAACUCGAGGCCUCGCAGCGGAACCCCGACGGUUUAGGUGUGGACGAACUUACAAAACGCGUCGACGAGGCGCGGGCGGCGUCGGCCGACGCCGAUGAGAAACUUGCGGCCGCUGAUACGGAAGCCGACAACCAGAGCCUCGUCGACGCGUGCCGCGACGCGCGCCGGGCCCUGGAUGAAAGUGUCGCGGCGCUCGACGCGGCGGCGCGCGUCGCGCGCACGGGCAAGGCGGGCGAGGACGCGACGCCGCGGCGCCUGGAGCGGGAGCCUGCUAAAGCUUACCGCGUCCGCGUCGGAUGCGGCGUCCCUCUCACGAUACUCCGGGGGUCGCGUCGAUGGCGCAAGGGGGCGGCGCGUCGAUGAGGACCGCGCCACGCAGGUCGGCCGGGCGCUCGAGGCCGCGGCCGCCGCCGAGGCGACGUGCUGUGCGCGCGCGGGCGCGUCGGCCAUGGCCGAGCGGCGCACCGCGGCGGCGGCGGCGGCGCUCGAGCAGUGCUUGGACGCCUUCGACGACCUCGGCCGCUGGACGACGGCGCGCGCGCCGCCGCCGUCGCCGAAGCCAACACCGCGCAUGAGGACGCCGCCGCGGCCGCCGCGAGCCGAAGCGGCGUCUUCAGUGAGACGGCCGCUCCACGAGCCGAAGCCCCGGGAACCCGAAGUCGAGGAGGUGCAAUCAGAGGAGGAGGAGGACGAAUCUGAUGAUGACUGGGCGGACGACGACUGGGCCUACUGUCUGCUGGAUGGAAGAGCUAAAAGAGGCACGCUGACGGCCCAGACGGAGCCCAUUCAUGUGGUUGCCGCGCGGAAAACGAGAUUAGAACAGCGCCGGGCUCUGCUCGACGAGCACUACCCGUGGGACGAGGACAAGGGCGUGAGAAGGGACGCCGAGACGGGCCGGAGCUGCGCGCGCUUGCACGUGCGCGUGGUCCAAGCUCGUUCAUUGCCCCAGAUGCGGCGGCACCGCGGCUCGUGCGACCCCUAUGUGGAAGUCGCCGUCGACGGCGCGUCCCCCAAAAAGACGGGGACGGUCUACGACUCUUUAUAUCCGACCUGGGCGCGGGAGCGGUUCGAAUUGCGCGUGAAUCGGAAGACCGCGGUCCUGCGGUGCCGCGUUUUAGAUGCGCCUCCUGCGCGAGGCGAGCCGCCGCGGCCCGUCGGGACGUGCAGCCUCGCCCUCCAGGACCUGGGCGAGCGUUCAAAGACGCUCUGGCUGCCCUUGACACGGGCGCCGUCGGCGGUCAAGACGCGCCUCGCCGACGACUGCGCGCUGCGCGUCGAGUGCCGCCUGGUGAUCGACCCCGCGCCGUUGCUGGAUCGCGCCCUCAAGCGCUUGAGUGAUGCGCUGGCCACGCGCGCGCCAGACGCCGCGCCCGCUACACCGACGACGCCGCCGCGGAGCGCGCCGCCGUCUGUAAAAACAGCGACGGACGCGCGCGGGCGCUUCGUCGCGACGCCGCCCAAGCCGCCCGCGGCCUCUACGACGAAGUCGCCAUCGCCAAGGUCCAAGCAGGCGCCGCCGUCUCCACAAGAAAUGGAUUUGAGGAUUUUCCGGUCGCCCGCGCGGCGCCAGGCGCAUCCUGUUGGAAGGUCGCCGCGGGGCCGCGCUUCCAGGGGAUCGAGGCCGUGGCGGGGGUCAUAGUUUAGUUUUG